GGUCCACUCGCCGUGCCACCCUGGGUCUGACGCACUCCGCACCUUCCACCAUCACUCCCCAAAGCAAAACGGACUUUAUAGCGCGUGCCUCUCGGACCCUCCAGAGGAAGAGGGUCGUCGCCGCCGUGGUGGGCAUCGUCAUGGUGCUGGCGCUCAUCAUCGCCAUCCCCUUGCUAGUGCAAAGUACCAAGACCGACGCGCACUACGAGAUGAUGGGCACCUGUCGGAUGAUCUGUGACCCGUACAGCCCCAAACCGAGCGCGAGCGCCGUGGAGGUCAUGCAGGAGCUCAGCGCCGUCCCCUCGCCCGCACUGGUGCAAGGAACUAAAGGCGUGGUGGGUCGGCCGGGUAGACCUGGACCGAGGGGUCCGCCUGGUGAGCCGGGUCCACCCGGUCCUCGAGGGCCACCUGGUGACCGGGGGGACUCCGGGAGACCGGGUUACCCUCGGGUAAUAUCGGGCACGGCUCGGACAGAGACCGGAGCAGAUAUAGGCUCGGUUAUUGGAGAUAACGCCAAGAUCGCAUUUUACGUGGGUCUGAAAAAUCCUCACGAGGGUUACGAGGUGCUGAGGUUCGACGACGUGGUUACGAACCUGGGGAACCACUACGACCCGACUACCGGGAAGUUCACGUGCCAAGUUUCCGGGAUCUAUUACUUCACUUAUCACGUUCUGAUGCGCGGUGGCGACGGCACGAGCAUGUGGGCAGACCUAUGCAAGAACGGACAGGUCCGCGCCAGUGCCAUUGCUCAGGACGCAGACCAGAACUACGACUACGCCAGCAACAGCGUGGUCCUCAAUCUAGACUCCGGGGACGAGAUCUACGUGAAGCUGGACGGGGGCAAGGCACACGGCGGGAACAACAACAAGUACAGCACUUUCUCCGGCUUCCUUUUGUACCCGGACUAAUCAGGGGGAGCUGGUCUAGAACCAUCGCGUACUGGGUCAAACCCAGUGGGCCCAACGCGUUGCUUUAGAGUAUUGGUGAGAUGUUACCAAGUGUCGUUGUGUUUUCAAUCUGUGUUUGUGGAAUGGAGGGCUGACCCACACACUCAAUGAUUUAAAAGAUGGCGGUGUGAUGUGACGCUAUUAUCUGAUUAUCUGUGUGUCUGUCUCAUCAAAUAUAUCAAAUAUAAAAAAUAUAUGCAGGCCUAAUUAUAUAUACUAUACGUAUGCCGAGAAAUAGAUGGCAAAUGUACUGAAUUCAUAGCGAACUUCCUCAAAUGAUCAACCAAAAGUGUAAUAAAAAUGUUCUGUGUUCAUAUUUUGUUAUAGACCUGGGUUAAAAUUCUUUAAGUUCAAAAAAUUUCUUUUUAAAAUUUUGAUGAUUAACAUGUUAUUAGGAAGCCUGUUCUGAUCAUUGUGUGACCAGGGUUGGACUGGGAUAAUGAUGGUCUAGGAUAAAGUAUAUGUUGCUGGUUGACAGUUUUUUGCAUGCUGAAUAUAACUUUUCUUGCCUAUUGAUGAUGGAAAAAUACAUUCAACUAUCAUAAUGACCACGCAGUAUAACAGAUACAUGCUUUAUAGGCCAAUAAACUUGUACAAUUCAGUUUUAUUAAAGAAAGCAGAGGACUAAACUAGAUGAAGGGAGAUGUGCAUAGUUUCUUUUCCUGUCAGUAUUAUUUGCGGAGAUGGUUAAAGGUUAAACUCACAUUAUCCCAACUGUGUCCAACAAUGAUCAAAACGAGAGAAACCCAUGGUUUUAUUCAAUGUAAAGGUCCGGUACAUUUCUUGAGAUCGCUCAAUUGCGUGAUAUCUUCUUUCCCCCUUCCUUCCAGAGAAACAUUUAAAAACAGCAGAGACCUAAUUGUCAAACACGAGUUAGCUUACUACCAUGUGCUAUUAAACAAGAGGCUCAUGCCAGCCAUCAGUCUAAUUCAGUGUUUCCCACAAAUAUAAAAAAAAAGUUUGGCUAUCAAUGAGGGCAGGGAACUUAGUGAUCUGCCUAUCGUGUAGAACUAUUGACCAAACCAUGGCUCUAUAGAGAGGAGGCUUGUAGCUCUCUCCUCGGUGGGUAGAAGCAGGACUCAUACAGUUGAUAACCUCUUUAGUUUGCCACGUCAGAUCGCUGUAACUCGGACUGUAUAUAUAUCUAUUGAACUUCCAAUAUCUUUCCAAUAUCUUUCCAACAAUGCUUUCUGCCAGGGUCGGGGGUGGGAACAACCACUCCCAUAUUCCAACGCUACCUCCCCAUGUCAUAAAACUACGUCUUUUGUAUUGUUAUGAAGCCCCUCGCGGCAGAAAUGUUCAUAUUAUACCUCUAAAGUCAUUCUAUUGCAUAGCCCUAUUCCCAGGAAAUGGUUUAUUUAACUCAACCCCUCAAUGACCAUUAUCAUUAUGUAAUAUUAUAGUCUUGUUUUCUCCUGAAUAUAGACAUUUCAAUUUGUAUUAAAUAUUGUAUUUUUAGACAUUAUUUUUACUGUUAUAGUGUUGUAUAUCAUGCUUUAUCUUAUUGGCAAUGUGAAUGUAGAAUAUAAUUAAUUUUUAAUUAAAAAAGCAUUUUGA